UUCAAAGUUUGUAUCUAUUGAAUUUGGGAAAGAAUAAAUUAUCUGGAAAAAUACCAAGCUCGUUAGGCAGUCUACAGGGAAUUGGGAUAUUGCGGUUACAUGAUAACAACUUUUCAGGAGAAUUGCCUUCUUUAGAGAACUGUACCGGAUUAUUGAUGGUUGACCUUGGCAACAAUAACUUGUCUGGAAAGAUACCAACAUGGAUUGACCAAAGCCUAAAAAACUUGGUGAUUCUACGCUUACGGUCCAAUGAGUUCAAUGGAAUCAUACCCUUCUCCCUGUGCAGUCUAGCUGCCAUUCAUGUUUUGGACCUCUCUCACAACAGUAUUUCAGGAGGCUUGCCACAUUGCUUCAAUAACAUAACCUCGUUGCCUACUAAUACUGGAGUUGGUGAAAAUGUGGAACUUGUGUGGAAAGGAAUAGAAAGAGAGUUUCCCAAUCUUAUAGGUAUGAGAAGCAUUGACAUUUCAAGCAACUAUUUGAUUGGGGAAAUUCCGCCAAGUAUAGCAAGUAUGACAGAGUUGAAAUCUCUGAACCUGUCUAGAAACAAAUUGACGGGAAAGCUUCCUGAAGACUUUGGUAACAUGAAGAUGUUGGAAUCUCUUGAUUUGUCAAGAAACCGGAUAUCUGGUAAAAUUCCUUCAAGUUUUGCGAGCUUAAACUUUCUUAGUGUCUUGGACUUAUCACACAAUAACUUGUCAGGAAGAAUUCCAUCAGGCACCCAACUUCAGGGUUUUAAUGCUUCUCAAUAUAUGGGAAAUCGUGGACUUUGUGGACCACCGCUGACACAAAGUUGUCCAGGAGAAGGAACUGAAAUUGAUAACAAAGAACAUGAUAAUGAUGGUCUCAUAAGCCUGGGAUUUUUUAUCAGUGUUGUGCUGGGAUUCGUCACUGGAUUUUGGAUGGUCUGCGGCAGUUUACUGCUUAAGACUUCUUGGAGAUAUGCUUAUUUCAGAUUCCUGGACAAUGCAAAAGACUGGAUUUAUGUCAAAACCGUUGUGUACAAGGCAAAACUGCAAAGGUGACUUCAAAGAUAAAUGGAGAUUCUGGAAUUCGAGGAAAUGAGCCUAAUGAUCCCGGAAGUGGAAAGAUUCAAGGGUUAAUGUUGAAGGUUUUCAGAUGUCGUUGCUUUCUCUUUCAGCAAGAAAUAAUUAUUAUGCUUUUAUCUCUUCAGAAAUGUGUGUGAAUAAUGGAUUGUAUGUAGUAUGAGCUGGUAUCACUUUUAUUCCAUCUUUCUGGCUGUAAUUUAAACCUAGCUUUCUCGAUUGAUUUCAAAAU